CUGCAACGAGGAUGCUCAACCAAACACAACCGACUCUUGAUGUAGCUUCCUUCUCCAUUCUUCCCUCUUUUAUUUUAUUUUUAUUUUUAUUUAUUUUGUGUCCACAGACCAAAAACACGGAACCUUAUUACUCGCUAACACACCCCGUAACAUAUCAUCACUCUCUCUGGAAACUCUCUCACAUCAAAUAGUUAGCUUCAACUCAUGGCUCAGUUUUUUCGUUCCAACCAUAGCCAUAACCAUGCUCAUAGGUGUCUCUGUAUGUUGGUGUUGUUGAUGAGUUUAGCUUCACAGAGUUGCCACGGUCUCCAUUCAUUUGGGUUUGAUAUUCAUCACCGGUUUUCGGAUCCGGUGAAGGGGAUUCUGGGCAAUGAUGAGAUACCCAAUAAGGGAACUCGUGAAUACUAUGUUGCUAUGGCCCACAGAGACCGAAUAUUCCGGGGCCGGCGUCUCGCCGGCGAUUCUCAGACGCCUUUGACUUUUGUCCCCAACAACGAGACUUAUCAGAUUGGGGACUUUGGAUUUUUGCAUUUUGCCAAUGUUUCUGUUGGGACUCCACCUUUAUCGUUUCUUGUGGCAUUAGAUACCGGUAGUGACUUGUUCUGGUUACCUUGCAACUGUACCAGAUGUGUGCGUGCUAUAAAGUUUCCAACGGGACAGAAAAUUGAUUUUAAUAUCUAUGAUCUUAAAGGAUCAUCCACAAGCCAAACUGUUUUGUGCAAUAGCAGCUUAUGUGAGCAACAGGGACAAUGCUCUUCAUCUGGUGGCAGUUGUCCAUAUCAAGUUAACUAUCUAUCGACUAAUACUUCAACUACUGGGUUCCUGUUGGAGGAUGUGUUGCACUUAAUAACAAAUGAUGAUCAAACAAAAGAUAUUGAAGCACAAAUUACUUUUGGUUGUGGCCAAGUUCAGACUGGUGCCUUUUUGGAUGGGGCAGCUCCAAAUGGUUUGUUUGGACUAGGAAUGGGCAAUGUAUCUGUCCCAAGUAUCUUAGCCAAUCGAGGACUUACUUCAAAUUCUUUUUCAAUGUGUUUUGGAUUCGAUGGUCUUGGAAGAAUCACGUUUGGGGAUAAUAGCAGCUUGGACCAAGGAAAAACACCAUUCAACCUCAGGCCAUUGCAUCCUACUUACAACAUCACUGUUACCAAAAUUAUUGUGGGAGGAGAGGUUGCUGAUCUUGAGUUUCAUGCAAUAUUUGACUCUGGUACUUCGUUUACAUACUUAAACGACCCGGCUUAUGGUCAGAUUACUCAGAGUUUUAGUUCAGUGGUUAACCUACCACGGCAUUCAUCUUCAGCUUCUGAGGAUCUCCCCUUUGAGUACUGUUAUGACUUGAGUUCAAACCAGACGGUUGAUGUUCCUAUUAACCUGACAAUGAAAGGUGGAGACAAUUAUUUUGUCAUGGAUCCAAUAGUAACCGUUACUGGUGAGGGUAUUAACUUACUUUGUUUGGGCGUCCUGAAAAGCAACAACAUGAAUAUCAUUGGACAAAACUUCAUGACUGGUUACCGUAUAGUCUUUGACCGUGAGAACAUGAUUCUAGGUUGGAAGGAAUCUAACUGUUAUGAUGAACUCUCUACUUUACCUACUAACCGAUCACACUCCCCUGCUGUUUCUCCUGCCUUGGCUGUGAAUCCUGAAGCAACAUCAAACCAGUCUAAUGAUUCUGUAGAGUCGCCUAAUCGCUCAUAUAAGAUACAACCAAUUUCUGUGUUUAUGGUGGCCAUUUUUCUGCUUUUUGCCAUUUUUUGAGCAUAUCUUAGGCUAUUCAGUGUUGUAUUAUUGAUGUUAGUAUUUAUUUUUUUAGCCCACACGAGAGCAGCAUUAUUACUAUUUUUUGGAUUCUUAAUAGCAUUUAUUUGAAUGCGAGUUUGUAAAUAAUGUAAAAACAUUUCAGUAUAGUUAUAAAAAUAUAUAUUUUCAUUCUU